AUGACUGAGAAAGCCUUGACGUAUUCUAUUGACGGUAUAAUAUGUCUGGAUCUGUUUGGUGCAUGUGCCUGUUACCAGAUAAUUAUAGCGAAAUCAUUAAAACAACUAGUGGAAAACACGCAGAAAACAUCACUGGAUAGUAUUGGACCAGUGAUCAUUAUAUUCACGGCGGUGUACUAUGCGUUUGUCUACAAUCCGACGUUUAGUGGCUUGGUGACAGUCACGAAACUCUACAACUACUUUGAGUUUGUCGGCAUGUCGGUGUUCAGUAUGUCCUGUUCGGGUGUCGUCAUACCCAUAGAGAAUAAUAUGGCCAACCCGAAGAAGUACCCCAUUGUUUUGUGUAUCGGCAUGUCACUCAUCAUCUGCUGUACGUUUAUGGUAUCGUUCUUUGGAUAUUCUGCUUUCCUUGAAAAUUGCGAGUCGCCCAUCACAGUGAAUUUCCCAAUGACAACAGGGCCUAAGAUAUUGAAAGUGCUCAUCGUUGUUAUGAUUUACAUUACCCACGCGUUGAACUUUUGGGUGCCGUUCAACCUCUGUUUCUACUACCUGAAGUUCUUACAUCCAGAACAGAAGCACCUCAUGUGGGAACUCAUUUACAGAGCCAUGUUUGUUGCGAUGAUUGGAUGUAUCGCUAUUGUGUUCCCGAAUAUCAACGCUUUGAUGGGAUUCCUCGGAACAUUUUGCCUGUCCAACAUGGCGUUCAUUUGGCCCAAUAUCAUAUACCUACUGACGAAUUGGGAAAGGCCGGGUCUCGGGAAAUACUAUUGGCGUUUGUGGAAGUCGCUCGUUUUGAUCUGCAUUGGAUGCUUCUUGCUGCUAUGCGGUUCCGUGGUCAAUAUCAACGAACUGAUGGCAGUGUUUAGAUAA